AUGGCCUUGCAAAAAGAAGCUGGACUAACAGUAUCGCCUCCUAUCUCAUCAACCACAUCAGAACGGGAUGAGAACUAUGAGUUUUAUAAACAACAUCAAGGUCUCGAAUACACAAGGGAGGAAGCGAAAAGGGUCCUGCGCAAGAUCGAUAUACGCCUCAUUCCAUUACUGUUCUUAAUCUACAUGCUGCAGUAUCUGGACAAGAACAGCAUCAACUUUGCCUCUGUAUACGGCUUGAAGCAAGGAACACACUUAAAGGGACAACAAUAUUCAUGGCUUAGCUCCAUUUUCUACUUCGGAUACCUCAUUGCGCAAUGGCCUGCGGGUCUAGCAUUGCAAAAGCUGCCCGUCGGCAAAUUCCUUGCUAUCACCACAUUAAUAUGGGGUGGUUUGCUCAUGACCACACCCGCAUGCUACAACUUUGCUGGAAUCGCAAUCAACCGCUUCCUUUUAGGAAUGGUCGAAGCAGUUGUAACUCCUGGAUUUGUUCUGAUGACCGGCAUGUGGUACACAUCCGAAGAGCAACCCCUGAGACUAGAGGCAUGGUACUGCACUAAUGGUAUCGCGACAAUGUUCGGAGGACUUAUUGGCUAUGCAGUCGGACAUAUCACCACUGGACUUCCACGAUGGAUGUACGUCUUCCUCAUUUUUGGAGCUUUCUCCAUCGCAGUAGGAGUUAUUGCCUUGAUAUUUCUCCCCGACCUUCCGUCAACUGCCAAAUUUCUCAGCGAGCGUGAGCGAGCCAUAGCUGUUGAGCGUGUCGCUAUCAACCGGCAAGGUGUCAAAAGCAGUCAGUUUAAAUGGUAUCAGGUCCGACAAGCGGCCGAAGAUCCGAAGACCUGGCUUUUGUUCGUCAUGGCAAUUGGCGCACAAGUCCCGAACUCGGCGUUAACCAGUUUUACUUCCAUCAUCGUAGGCACUUUCGGAUUUGAUACGCUUGGAACUCAAUAUCUUCAAAUCCCCGGCGGUGCUGUUCAGUUCAUCACUCUGCUUCUCGGGGGUUAUAUCGCAACAAAGUUCGAUGGAAAAUUCCAUUCACGAUUUGCAUGCAUGAUCUUUGCCUGCACGGUCUGUAUCAUUGGAUCCGGUCUUCUUGUCGGACUACCAGACACCAACAAAUGGGGCCGCCUUGUUGCACUUUGGCUAUGCUAUUUUCAAGGCUUGGGAUUCAGCAUGAGUUUGACAAUCGUUAGCUCCAACAUUGCUGGAUACACUAAGAAGCAAGUCACCGGUGCCUUGUUGUUCACUGGAUACUGCGUGGGAAAUAUUAUUGGACCUCAGACUUUCAAGUCCAGCGAGGCCCCUGGAUACAACAGUGCUUAUAUUGCGAUGCUCGCUGGCUAUGCAGUAAAGCUCGCCUGCAUUGUCGCUUUGUAUAUUUAUAUGUACCUUGAGAACAAGCGUCGAGACCGCGAAGCAAUCAAUGGCGAGGAGGUUGAGGCAGAAGGUGUUGAAAAUGGCAUGCUGGACAAAACGGAGAUCGACAACAAAGGGUUUAGAUAUGUUCUAUAA